CUUCUGUAAGUGGCUUUCCAACAAUUGAUCAACAAUGAAGACAUACCUUGUAAUGUGCAGGCUGCUUCUGAUCAUCACUUUACAAUGCAUGUCCAUGCAAUCUCAUCAGGUUCUAUCAUCAUCUAAUUCUCUUGCUUCUAUACCUAGUAAUUUGUCAUGUCCUAAUGAACAACUUCAAAUUCUGCUCCAAUUCAAGCAUAUGUUUCCAAUUGAUCAUAAAUCUCCUAAUGAAAGCUUUUGUGGUUAUGAACCAUCUUACCCAAAAACAAUAUCUUGGAAUGAGAGUAACCCAAAUUGCUGUUCAUGGAAUGGUGUAACAUGCAAUGAUCUUACUGGUGAGGUCAUUGGUAUUGACCUCAGUUGUAGCCAACUUUCUGGAACUUUCCAUCCAAACACCACUCUCUUCAACCUUCCAAGCUUAACAAAUCUAAACCUUGCUUUCAACAACUUUCAUAGUUCUCCUAUACCAUCUUCUAUUGGCAUAUUAGCACCCACCAUCACACAUCUUAACCUUUCAACUUCUUCUUUUGCUGGCCCAAUCCCAUCAGAGAUCGCCCACCUCUCUAAAUUAGUUCUCCUUGAUCUUUCUGGAGGUGUGUUUAGUCCUGAUCAAAGUAAUUAUACAAGAUUAAGACUUGAAAAACAUGACUUUCAGUACAUCAUUAGUAACCUGACACAAUUGGAAAUCCUAUAUCUGAACUAUAUAAACAUGUCUUCUUGCAUUAUUCCAGAUUCCAUAGUGAAUCUAACUUCCUUAACAUCUCUUUAUUUGAUAUACAAUAUUGGGUUGUAUGGAGAAGUUCCUGAUGGUGUUUUCAACUUACCAGCCUUACAAUAUCUCUUCAUAUGGAAUUACUAUGAGCUCAAUGGAAGUUUUCACAAUGUGAACUGGAAUAUAAGUGGGACUAAUCCUCUUAAGGAUCUAGAACUUACUUCCAUAAGUUUAUCUGGUGGUUUACCCGAUUCAAUUGGUUAUCUUCGCUCAUUAAACUACUUGGCAAUAAACAAUUGCAAUCUUUUAGGACCAUUUCCUGAUUCUAUUGGAAACCUCUCCCAACUUAUUGGGUUGUCAUUGCGUUCCAACAAUUUUACUGGUCUUAUCCCUCAUUCUCUUUCAAAUCUUAAUGAACUCAAAUAUCUUUAUCUAUCCUAUAAUGAAUUUGAAGGACAAAUCCCAACCAACAUGACUAGUCUUCAGAAACUAUACACUCUUGAUUUGAGGAAUAAUUUGUUACAAGGCUCAAUUCCUGUUGGUCUGUUUGAGUUUCCAAAUUUAUUUAGCAUAAGUCUGGACAACAACAUGCUUUCAGGUGCACUGCCAUCUAUCUUCUUUAAAAACCAUUCAAAGUUGACAUAUUUCACCAUUUCAAAAAACAAUCUAUCUGGCCCAAUACCGCAGUCCAUUUCAAAUUUGAGAGAGCUUUAUCAAUUCGAUCUUUCUUUCAAUAAUUUUGAUGGCACAUUGUACCUUGAUACAUUUUCAAACACAACAAGACUAGCCAUGGUUUAUUUAGAAAAUAAUGAAAACUUAUCAGUGGUAGACGCGUAUGGAAAUUUCUCUACCAUUACUUCACUGGAUUUGUCUUCAUGUCAAUUACAAAACUUUCCUGUUAAGUUUUUGACAACUUCAAAAAACCUCCAAUUUCUUGACCUUUCGAAAACAGGGGUUAAUGGCCAAAUACCUGAAUGGAUUGGAGAAAUGAGCAGCAUGAGACUUUUUCGUGCAUCCAAUAAUAAGAUAAAAGGAGAGAUCCCUUCUUCUAUAUGUAACAUGAGCUUUCUAUUGCAACUUAAGUUGUCCUAUAAUGAGCUUGAUGGUCCAAUUCCUCCAUGUUUUGGAAAUUUCAGCAUGACACUUUCAGUACUAGACCUUCGAAAUAAUAAUUUAGAAGGUGGCAUUCCAACAACUUAUUCAAAGGACAACAUGCUUAUAAUACUUGCUUUGAAUGGGAAUCAUUUACAAGGAUCAAUACCAAAAUCACUUUCACUCUGUAAUCACUUACAAGUGUUAGACUUUGGAAACAAUAUGAUAAAUGGGACAUUUCCCAGUUGGGUAGAUGCACUUCCAGAGUUACAGGUUCUUAUAUUGAGGUUUAAUAAAUUGCAUGGCUUGAUUGACAUUUCGAAAACUACAUCUCCUUUUCCUAAAUUGCGCAUAUUUGAUGUAUCACAUAACGAGUUCACUGGUCUCUUGCCAUCAUAUUAUUUUAGCAACUUCAAUGAUAUGAAGACGUUGAAUCAGAAAAGCAUAAGUUCAAUAUAUUCGUCCAAUAUGUUUUAUCAAGUUUCUGUUACAAUAACAAUGAAAGGACAUGAUGCUCAUAUUGAAGGAUUUAUCUUGGAAUCACGGACAAUUAUUGAUUUGUCAAGCAAUAAGUUUGAGGGAGCCAUUAAUCCAAUUGUUGUUGGCAAUUUGGUUGGACUCACAAUAUUAAAUAUGUCCAACAAUCAUCUGACCGGACAUAUACCUGUCAACUUGGGAAAUUUAGUCCAGCUUGAAUCAUUGGACCUAUCUUCAAACCAACUUAUUGGAGAAAUACCUCAAGAACUUACAAGUCUAACAUUCCUUGAAGUUCUGAAUCUUUCUUGCAAUAGACUUGAAGGACACAUACCUCAGGGUAAGCAAUUCAACACAUUUUCAAAUGAUUCUUACUUGGAGAACAUGGCAUUAUGUGGAUCCCCUUUGUCAACAAAAUGUGAGUGGCAUGAAAUGGAAACACCACCACCAGGUCCACCACCACAUGAUGAUUCUGAAGAUGAUUCAUUUUGGCAAGGUGGUUUGAUGGGGUACACAUUUGGAAUGAUAAUUGGGUUAGCAGCUGGCUGUCUUUCAUUUUAUACGGGAAGACCUAAAUGGUUUGCGACAAUGAUGGAUGGAAUACAGAAAAAAUCAUAAAAGAAUAUUCAAUUUCAUGAGGUACUACUUGAAAAGGUUUCGAGUUGAACAUGGACAUGCUCGUUUCACUUUGUAUUUGUCUUCUAAAAUGUUUUAUGUUUUCACAAGAUAAUGUUUAUAGCACUUUGAAUCUUAUAUUUUAGACAUUGUAAAU